CUUCGACUCUCUUCGUUCCUGAUAAAAGCACAAAAUCCUUCAAAAUCAUAAAUUUUGGAUCUUUUCCUCUUUUUUUUUAUUGAAUCAAUCAUGUUCACCUUCACCCCAAGUGGGUGUUUCCUAAUCUCUGUGUUCCUUGGGGUUUCUCUCAGGACCCUGGGACCAUCUUGGGGUUUUUGAACUGGGCAGAAUUUGUUGGUUGUUUAGACAACCGGUCUGUGGGGCAGAUUGACAUGUUAAAGGGUUUAUUUAAGUUUGUAUUCAUGUGAAAGAACAGUGCUUUUGAACUCUUCAAGGCAUUGUUUUUACAUCAGAAUGUCUGCAAAUAAUUCUAGUUUUGUGGCUUGGGAGGAGGACAUUAUAUGUCCAGACCGUGGUAGUCGUGUGGUACACUUCUACUUGAAGGAUGCCACAGGGAAUUUAGUGCUUGCAGUCAUUGGUACUGAGAGGAGCAUAAGGCACAUGAUGCAUGUUGUUACAGGCGAGUUCUCGCAGACCUAUGGCUCCCAGGUCAUGAAGUGGAGAGCCAGAGGGGAAGUUGUGGAAUGGUUGCAAUCAUUUAUCUCAAGACCAUCUUUAGGACAGAGCUCGUUGCUCUAUCACAGUGCUAGGCCAGAGCUCAGUGUUCUGCCACAGUACCAUAGUUGCACAGUGAUUACGAUGAGGACGCUUGCACUCGAUCAUCAGUCCUCACCUAAUCCUCCGGCUACAAGAGACCUACUCCGUCAGAAUAUGCCACGUUCAUUUAAUGCGGUUGCUUUGUUAAGGCAAGUUACGUCCACCAAAGACGCUUGCCCUGGCUUUACAGGCCAGUUUUGUGAGAAGACAACAACGAAGGAGGUUUUGAAGGUUUCCUGCAUCUACAUUGGUGCCGUCUGUGGGAAACUGAGCAAAAAGCCAUCACCAAAGACUAAGAUGGUACACACAUGUAUGACCCAACAUGGGAGCACACCCCAGGUCAAGGAAGAGGCUAGCGUUCAAAUGUUAAUCCCAUACCUCAAAACGUGCCGCUUAUGGCUACCUAACAUCAGCAGAUUCAAUGAUGAUAUGCUGGAAAUCAGCUCAUUUGAUGAAGCAGUGGGGAUAGUGGCCAUGAUACAAGGUCUCAACCAUGAUUGGCUUCAAGACAAUUUGAUUAAGCACACACCGACCACCUUUGAUGAGGUCAACGAGAGAUCUCUCAAGUUCAUCAAAGCUGAGGAGUAUGUUCUGUCUAAACCCCCACCCCCUAAAGAAGCCAAAACCUCGAUGUGGAAAGAAGAAAGGAGGAACGAGCUCCAAACAGUAGAAGCUGUACCAACCGACCUUUAUUGGGUUGUCACGCCACAUAAUGACCCAUUGGUCACUUCAGUCAUCCUCAAUAAUUGCGAAGUCCAACGUGUCCUUGUUGACACCGGAAGUGCUCCAGACAUAAUGUACUAUCAUUGCUUUGAGAGCCUCGAACUUGACCCCGCCCUUCUACAGAAGUACGACGAGCCCAUCUACAGAUUCAAUAAUCAGCUAGUUCCCAUGGAAGGGGUGCUACGAUUCAACAUCCACCCUGACCAAGAUCCGAGCUAUCAUAUCCAAUCCCACCUCUACAUGAAGUUCCCCACACUUAUGAGAAUAGAAACCCUGAAAGGCAACCAAGAGGUAGCCAGACAUUGUUAUCUGACCUCUGUCACCAAGUCACGAAGAGACAAGGAAAUAGCCCAACCACCAAAGCCAACCCAGCCAGAAGUCCCGAGUGCGCAGCAAAUAAUGGGUGUAGAGUUGCCAGAUAAUAGACCCGGAGAUGAACCAAGAGCUACUCUAGUUGAGGAGGUGGAAGAGGUGCACAUCGACAAUAAUGAUCCUUCCAAGAAGACACAAAUUGGGACAAGGUUGACCCCCAAGGAAAAAGAAGAACUCAUGAGCUUUCUAAAGGCAAACAAGGAUGUGUUUGCAUGGAUCUCGGCUGACAUGCCCGGAAUUCCAACCUCAGUGGCAGUGCAUAAACUAAGCACCAGUCCUUUGAAAAAACCAAUAGCCCAGAAAAGACGAUUAUUUGGAGGAGAGAGACUCAAGGCCAUUAGAGAAGAAGUGCAAAAUCUCUUACAAGAUGGAUUUGUGAGGAGGGUAGACUAUUGUGAAUGGAUCACUAAUCUAGUCCUGGUAAAGAAGUCAAAUGGCAAUAUAGACAAGCUGGUAGAGGCCACCUCAGGGAAUGAGAGAAUGAGUCUCUUGGAUGCUUACUCAGGGUACCACCAGGUUCACAUGGCACAAGAAGACGAGGUGAAAAUCUCUUUCUAUGCAGGUGAUGAGAUUUACUGUUACAUUGGCAGAGAUCUGGAAGUCUCUAUAGACGACAUAGUAGUUAAAAGCCUCAAAGAAGAGAAUCACCUAGCAGAUCUGGCAGAAACAUUUGACAAUUUAAAGAAGUAUAGCAUGAGGUUGAAUCCAGCAAAGUGUGUCUUCGGUGUUGAAUCUGACAAAUUCUUGGGAUUUAUGGUUUCUAGAAAGGGGAUAGAAGUCAAUCCUAAGAAGAUUAAGGCAAUAAGGGAGAUGAAGCUGCCGAAGUCAAUCAAAGACAUACAGCACCUAAUUGGCGAAGUAGCAGCUCUGCAUAGAUUUAUUUCCAAAUGCACAGACAAAUGCUUAUCUUUCUUUAGAGUGUUAAGGUCUGUGGCUUAUCUUCAGAGUGUUGAGGUUUUGAGAGUGGAAAAUGGACAAGCAGAUUUCUUGUCAAGGCUCUGCAAUGGCAACUCAAGAGGGGCAAGAUCUGUCUACAUCGAAAUCCUCAAUGAGCUAAGUUUUCAAAAGAACAAGGUGAUGGAAAUCAACACCAACCUUGAAACUCCUAGCUCGACAGAUCCCAUCAAAACUUACCUCCGAGAUGGAACCGUCCCAAGUGAUAAACAAGAAGAAAUCAGGUUGCAAAGAAAGGCAUCCCAAUACACCUUGAUCGAUGAUGUUCUUUAUAGAAGGUCAUACUCGCUUCCUCUUCUUCGGUGUUUAAUGUCGUAUGAAGCCGAAUAUGCCCUUAGAGAGCAAGAUGCAAAGCUGUUUGUGCAGAAGUACCAAAAAUGCCAGUUCUUUGCACAUCUUACCCAUCAACCAACUGAAGAACUUACUAAUAUGGUCGCACCAUGGCCUUUUGCCCAGUGGGGUAUAGACCUUUUGUGUCCUUUUGUUAAGAGUGUAGGGGGAGUAACUCAUUUGGUCAUUGUUGUUAAUUAUUUUACCAAGUGGGUGGAAGCUCGACCUCUUUCCAGCUUGACUUCAAAGAAGAUUGAAGAUUUUGUGUUCAGCUCAGUCAUCUAUAGAUAUGGAAUACCAAACCAGAUCAUUGCUGAUAAUGGCCUUCAGUUCAAUUGCACCUCCUUAAGGGAUUUUUAUUCCAGUUAUGGGAUCAAGUUAGUAUUUACCUCAGUUUACCACCCUAAGGCAAAUGGAAUGGUUGAGUCAGUCAACAAAGCCAUCCUAGAAGGAAUCAAGCCAAGAUUGGAUUAACUCAAAGCCAAGUGGGCAGAUGAGCUUAACAACGUCUCAUGAGCUUAUCGAACUAUGAGCUGCACGACUACAGGUAUGCCAUUUGCCUUAAUUUCCCUUUAAUUAUCUUAAUCGAAGUCGUAGAUAAGUUACACAGUAAACCCUUAAACUAUAA